AUGAUCAGGAAGGUCGACGUCGACGGUGACGGGAUGGUCAAUUUCAAGGAGUUCAAGCAGAUGAUGAAAGGGGGUGGAUUUGCGGCUUUGAGUUCCACUUAG